UGCACAAACUACCGACGGACUCUGUGGCAGUUUGAAUCUGGCCUUGGGGAACUGCGCCAUGUCGCGACCAAAGAAUCAAAAUUAUAAGGGCCAUGGGUUGUCAAAAGGAAAAGAGCGAGAGCAGAGAGCGUCAAUUCGGUUCAAGACCACUCUCGUGAACACUCUCACAGAUGUCCUCCGUAACAGGCCAGGAUGGGUGGAAGUGAAAGAUGAAGGGGAGUGGGAUUUCUACUGGUGCGAUGUCAGCUGGCUCCGGGAGAACUUUGACCACACCUACAUGGACGAUCACGUGCGGAUCAGUCACUUCCGGAACCACUAUGAGCUAACCCGCAAGAACUACAUGGUGAAGAACCUGAAGAGGUUCCGGAGACAGCUGGAGCGCGAGGCAGGAAAGCUGGAGGCGGCCAAGUGCGACUUCUUCCCCAAGACAUUUGAGAUGCCCUGCGAGUACCACCUGUUUGUUGAAGAGUUCCGCAAGCACCCGGGAAUCACCUGGAUAAUGAAACCCGUUGCACGGUCCCAGGGCAAGGGCAUCUUCCUCUUCCGGAGACUGAAGGACGUCAUGGACUGGAGGAAGGACACAAGAAAUUCUGAUGACCAGAAAGAGGAGCUACCUGUGGAGAACUAUGUAGCUCAGCGGUACGUCGAGAACCCCUACUUAAUCGGAGGCCGCAAGUUUGACCUGAGAGUCUACGUGCUGGUGAUGUCGUACCUCCCGCUGCGUGCCUGGCUCUACAGGGAUGGCUUCGCCCGAUUCUCCAACACCCGCUUCACGCUGAGCAGCAUCGAUGACCAGUAUGUCCACCUUACCAAUGUCGCCGUGCAGAAGACAUCUCCUGACUAUCACCCAAAGAAGGGCUGCAAGUGGAUGCUCCAGCGCUUCCGGCAGUACCUAGCAUCCAAGCACGGCCCCCAGGCGGUGGAAGCCCUGUUCAGCGACAUGGACAACAUCUUCAUCAAGAGCCUGCAGAGUGUGCAGAAGGUGAUCAUUAGUGACAAGCACUGCUUCGAGCUGUAUGGUUAUGACAUACUCAUCGACCAGGAUCUCAAACCGUGGCUCCUGGAGGUCAAUGCUUCCCCCUCACUGACAGCCAGCAGCCAGGAAGACUACGAGCUCAAGACCUGCCUGGUGGAGGACACGCUACACGUGGUAGAUAUGGAAGCCAGGCUCACAGGAAAGGAAAAGCGAAUUGGAGGCUUUGACCUCAUGUGGAAUGAUGGUCCUGUGAGCAGAGAGGAGGGGGCCCCUGACCUGCCGGGGACAGGAAACUUCAUGACCAACACACACCUUGGUAUGCAGGGCAGGCUGCAUCAAUGAUCGGAAAAACCAGCUGCAGCAUCUGUUCUGCUCCCUUCAAGCCCAGAAGAAAGCUUCCAGUUGAUCCUGGCAUGCUGGAAGAGGGUCUGGAAGGUCCACCCUGGCCUCUCCCCAAUUCCUGCCAGUGCACUUCAUCAAAUUCCUCUCCCUCCUUCCAGCCUGGCAGCACUUUUGCUGGCUAGGA